ACUCUUGUUUGCGCUUGGGAGGCUGGCACGCCAUCGUUAGUCGUUACUCGUUAGCGUAACACUGAUUCAAUUUGUCAAGCAAAGCCAUCUCGCCUGAGGACCGCCCCUUCCUUGUCAUCGUGAGUCUGGAAUAGCGACGGCGCAUCGUACAGAGGAAAAGGAGAUAGAGAUGCGCGUAUCUUUUUCUGGGAUAGGAAAUGCUUUGCCGUUUUCAAGAAUCUUUAGGCAGCUUGAGCAAGAGAUGGAAACUGUGAUUAAGGUUUUGCAGCCUGGACCAUUGGGAAUAGUGGAACACAAGUUCUCUGCUGAGGAGAUACAAGAGGCAAAUGUUACAGUUCGUAGGGCAGUUGAGAAUUGGCGAAGAAAUGCAAAUCUAGAGCACAGAAGUGACAUUCUAAAAGAUUUUAUCAACAAGUAAAUGAGUACUUGCUGCAUUGUUUUUCAUGGAUGGUAGGAUGAUUAACAUUUUUGUAGUUUUGUAAGCUCUUCUUGUUGUGGUGUGAAAACACUGUUCCUAUCAAACAUCUAAGAAAAGCACUAAGCCAUUUUUCA